GGACAAAUGGCUCAGGUGGACUCCUCGCUGGAGCUGUUUUGGAUCUUUGCUGCCGCUGCUCUUCCUGCUGCCGCCGCUGCUCAGCUGGGGGUCCGGUCACCAGGCAAAGAGCCCUCUCGGGUUGGCCGGAAGUCAUGAGCCGUUUCUUGAACGUGUUACGAAGCUGGCUGGUGAUGGUGUCCAUCAUAGCCAUGGGAAACACGCUGCAGAGCUUCCGAGACCACACCUUUCUCUAUGAAAAGCUCUACACCGGCAAGCCAGACCUCGUGAAUGGCCUCCAAGCUCGGACCUUUGGGAUCUGGACCCUGCUCUCAUCAGUGAUUCGCUGCCUCUGUGCCAUCGACAUCCACAACAAGACGUAUGCUAAGAUACUAAAUAACCAGCCCACGUUGCAAGAGCGUCUAAAAGCCCCACAGAGGUCCUUGCUGCUCAUGCCCCAUUCAGGCCCUUCACUCUGUGGCAUCCCUCGUAUAUACCUGCCAGGUGGGCGUGGACUACAGAGCCAAGCUGUACCACAUCACACUCUGGACCUUCCUCCUCGCCCUGGGCCACUUCCUCUCCGAGCUGUUUGUCUUUGGGACCGCAGCUCCCACGAUUGGCGUCCUGGCACCCCUGAUGGUGGCAAGCUGGCUUCCUUUAUGGUGCCAAAAGCGGUUGCAGCAAUACCAGGCCUCACAUGCCAACACUACGUCUAGAAAAAUAGUUCAGGGAUACAGACUAUCCCUCCCUCACCAACUACUGUUAAGGAGGUAGUAAAAGCAAUGAUUUUGCAGAGUUUGCAUGUAAGUGUAGAUCCACAUGGAGCCCACCUAAGAAAGUGAAUUGAAAACAUGCAUGAGUUGGAUGCGGAUCCUCUGAGCAUACGUCAUAGAAACGUGAUUCCAGAUGAGCAAAGACAAGAUCCCAAAGGAUCCAAAGAGACGAUUUAGAGUAGUUGGAAGAUAUUAUGAAUAUUCUAUUUCUUUAACCGCCAGUCUUGGCUCCCUUCCGAGAUGAUUUAAAGUAGAAUCCGUAAUGUCUCUCCAGCUAAGAACUGCUAACAGAUAAUGGUCCCAGAGUGCCACAGACACAGUGCAAUUUCCAGGAAAGAAAUGCACAGAAAGCCGAUAGCAGCAGGUCCAGAUCACAGUAUGGGGUGAACGCACCUGGGAAGGGAGAAGUGGCCGUUGGCCGGACAGAUCAGAAGAAAAGUGGCAGCACCACGGCAGAUGCUGAAAGCGUGGACUCUGACCAGGGCAGGAUGGUACAGUCCUAGAACAAAUACUUCAGCCACGCUUUGAGGCAGAGCCAGAAACCACAGUGGGCUCUGUAUCAGCGGUUACCCCGAGUGGACCGUCUGCAAAUAUACACGGCACAGAAAGCGGUCAGGGUCACGUGCUGGGCGCCGAGUUGCCAGGCACCACGUAGGCCAACGUUCACUUUUACUGCCUUGUCUUUAAAAAGCAACCCACUGGGAUGGUAACAUCUGCGUAAACAGAGGACCUACCUCCGCAGAAGGCCAUAGGAGCUGCUCCUCUAGCCCCAGCCCCUCCCGCACCGGAAAUGGGCAAAACUCUCAUUCUUGUGCCAAAAGUCACCUCCGCCCCCACCUGAUGACAAGGCGGACCACUCGGAGAAUCUUUUAUUGCCUUAAAACAUCUGGCAUUACAAACAAAAUACAAAUUAUGUUCUUAAAAUAAAGGAACGAAUGGAUCUGGUAAA